UGCCCGCCAUGGUUCUUGUACGACAGCAACAUUACCAUCCACAGUGCACCUCAGCAGUACUCUCACUGUGUCUGUGGUGAGCCUUUACUUUUCCAGAUCGAGUGUUAUGCUGACAGUUACACCUCAUCCCUAUUAUCCGGAAACUGUGCAUUUUGGAACAACAGGACAGGGAGGACAGUGGUGGGCUAUUGUCCAUAUGUGUUUGAGAAUCACCUCCUAGCGGGCCGCAUUAUGAAGCUCCCACAGGAUGUACUGACUCUCAACUCGUGGCUGUGUUCUCAUCUGAAUCGUGAGACUGGUACUACUGUGUGUGGUAGAUGUACCAAUGGCACAGGUCCCUCAGUCAGCUCUCUAGGUAGCCAGUGUACAGACUGCAGUCCAGUCAAUAUACUCUACUACAUCCUACUUCACUAUCUACCAGCCACUGUCAUUUUUAUCUUCAUUCUAAUAGUCCAGGUUAAUAUCACUUCGACUCCCGUGGUGUAUUACAUCUUGUAUUCCAAUGCAUGGGUAGUGUACUUGCAAACACCUAAUGGAUUCUCAAUUUACAGUUUAGUUUUUGCUGGAAACUACUAUAAGUACAUAUUAAGAGCUUUUUUCUUACUUCAUUCGAUUUGCACCUUUGAUCCCCUAUACUUUAUCUCUCCACCUUUGUGUAUAUCGUCGCGUAUAAACGACAUUGACGUUCAGUACUUUGAGAUG